CCGGGAAAAAAGGGAAUAUCUUUUACCAUUCGUAAGAAGUCAUAUCGCCUGUUAGAGGAACUCUGUGCCUCUCAGAUGGAGAAUGCAGUGUAUUACGUCACCUCCCACUUGGAAUCUCUUCUCCUACUCCUACAAAGUACAUCUUCUAUCUCCUUACCGACAUCAGUCAGCAAAUUUGAGGUUGACAUGAAAUCGCAUGAUGCCAGUCAGACAGAUAGUCCUUUCUAUAACAAGGAAAUCACACAUGACUGGUCUAAAAAAGAUAAAUUUCGAGUCCCAUGGAAGCCCCGGCUUCGUUGCAUUAUUCAACUGCUGCGCAGAUUAGCUGACCGGGAAUUGACUUCUGAACUGGCCGAUCAGACCAAUCAAUUGAACUGUCAUAGUUCUUAUGGAUUAACAAAAUCGGCUAGCAUUCGUCAGUUUGUCACCAAGUUUCUUUCGGAGGUACUUAUUUUAUAUUUACUGUUUGUAUUGCGAAAUUAUAAGUAA